AUGAGUAGCUCCCCUAAAGCCCACAGCCCGGAGCGCGCUGCCCCGCCCGCCGCGCUCCAGGGCGGAGUUUCCUUCUCUGCUCAUUGUUCGCGGCCCAGUGCCCGCCCAGCCCCGCCGCCGUCGGCGCGCUCCUGGGGAGGGGGCGGGGACCGGCGCGGACGGGACGGGAGGCGCUGCAGCCGCCGGCGGGGCCUCAUCCGCGCAGACACCGCCCGGGACGCAGCCGCGCGCCGCUCCUCUGCUGCCUGGCUCUGCGCCUCAGCCCGGCUCUGCGGCAGCGGCAGAGAAGGAGGGGCCGCAGGAGCGGGACUCAGGAGUCUCGGGUCGCCGCGAGGCUACCGGAGCGCCACUCGGGAGCCUCGGGUCACCGCCCGGCCGCCGGAGCCACCGUCAGGCCUCCCUGCUGCCCGGACACCCGGACCCUCCAUCGACCCCGCAGCCACCUGCUGCGGGCCCCGAGGCGAGGACACCAUGCGCUCUGCGCUGGCGCUCUCGGCGCUGCUGCUGGUGCUCUCCUGUGGUGUAGGCCAGACUGUUUCUACUGAUACCACGGGAACAUUUACAACUGCAACCAAGCCAAGCACAAACGCUAAGUCCAGUGACACAACGGUGCCUUCAAGCCCAGGAAAGGAAAGAGGAUCUACAGUCAGGUCCACCACUGUGAGUCCAGUCCAGCAAAUAACAAAUGACGAAAAUAAGGAUCCAGUCACAAACCACCCUCCUCCAUCUAUUGACAACCCAACGGAGAGUAAGGAUUCAGGCACCACUACACGUAUAGAAACUACCAGCACAGCUAAGUCUGAAACCACAAGUGGCCAAAAUGAAAUUAAAGAUCCAGGUGAAUCUGAAGACAAAAGUAGCCACAGUGUUUCCACAAACUCCAUGAGCCCCAAGGAAGCUGCUCAGGUAACCACUCAACCUACAACUCAGGGUAGUAUCUCAAAAACCACUCCUGCUCCCUCGUUCACCUCUGCAAACCCUCACCAAUCAACUGGGGGCCAUGUUUCUCCGAAGCACCAAGGGGGUGCUCCUACAGAACAGAACACAGUCGCCAUAACGUCAAGUAGUUCAGACAUGACGUCCAGUCCCAUCUUCACAUCUCAGGGGUCAACUACCACAGCAAUUACAGCACCGUUGACUACCUUAGAAAGAAAGGAGCAGACCUCCAGUGAGACUCCAGUCCUGCCUGGGGCCACGGCCUCCACAGCACCACUGCCUCGAGGCACUAAAGCAGGACCCGUGACCACACCUCCUGUCCGAGGACCAACAGGCUCACAACAACCUGCUUCACAACAACCUGCUUCAGUGGCCACACCUCCUGUCCGAGGACCAGCGGGCUCACAACAACCUGCUUCACAACAACCUGCUUCAACUGCCUCAACUGCACCACAAGGCUCCAACCAACCUUCUACCCCAGCUCUUGGGAGUUACAGGAUAAAGUGCGAGGCUCCAGAACGGCCAGAUGAGAAGAUGCUCAUCCUGAACCUCACGAAAACCAACCUCUGCGCAAAGGACACUUCGGAUGACAAGCUGGUCACCGUUCUGUGCCAAGCAGCAAAAGCCACCUUCAAUCCAGCUCAAGAUCAGUGCCACAUACGGCUGGCACCUGUACCAGAAAGCCAGGCAGUGAUAGUCAAAGAAAUCACCAUCCAGACAAUCCUCCUUCCCAGGGAUGUGUACGAGUUGCUGAAGAACAAAUGGGAUGACCUCAAAGAGGCAGGAAUCAGUAACAUGAUGUUGGGAGAUCAGGGACCACCAGAAGAGGCUGAGGACCGGUUCAGCAUGCCCCUCAUCAUCACUAUUGUCUGCAUGGCCUCCUUCUUGCUCCUUGUUGCGGCCCUCUAUGGCUGCUGCCACCAGCGCCUGUCCCAGAGGAAGGAUCAGCAACGACUAACAGAGGAGCUACAGACAGUGGAGAAUGGUUACCAUGACAACCCAACGCUGGAAGUGAUGGAGACCUCAUCAGAGAUGCAAGAGAAGAAGGUGGUCAACCUCAAUGGGGAGCUGGGGGACAGCUGGAUCGUCCCGCUGGACAACCUGACCAAGGAUGACCUAGAUGAGGAGGAAGACACACACCUCUAAUCAGGUCUGCUGGCUGCCUCCAACAGCACAACAGAGCUCCAGACUGAACCGCCUGAAGUGCCAUUUGGACAGGGGAGGAACAUUCCUUCCCGUGAGGAGGAACGACUGGGGAGGGAGGGUAGACUCUGGGUUUCCUCCCAAUCCCCACAGGGCCUUAAUUUUUCCCUUUUCAAGCUGAGCAAAUCACAUUCUGUCUAGAUUCCUCUUGCAAAGUGACCCAUUAGUGCCUGAACUCAGUGCUGCUGGAAGAUGAAAGACUUUUGAGAUCAACUAGUAGAAUCCAUUCAUUUUAUAGAUGAGAUUACUGAGGCCUAAAGAGGGUAAGUGACUUGCCAAGGUCAAACAGCCACUUGGUGAUAGAGCCAGAGUAAAAACAGAGACAGCUUCAUUCAGUUCAGUACUGAUUUCCACCACACUGCACUUCUUUGUUCACCCUCCCUCCACAGUUACCCUUGGCAGGGAGUGAAACUACCAGUGGGGAGAUGGGAUGGAAAGGAGAACAGGGCCAGAGCCUGUCUCAGAGGGAUCUGAUUACUUGAAAGGCCCAAAUCUAUCUCCUGCCCCAGCCUUAUCUGCCACAGUGUUCUUCUUACCCCUCUCUUCACUCAAUUUUUAUUCCCAGUCUGUCCUAGGGCCUCUGGGAUUAGCACAGGUCACUCAUGAUCUUCAACCCCUUGGUCCCGUUUCUGAUUUCCUUGUACUUGUUUAGUAAGAUUGGGACUUAAACCACACAAGACUCCUGGUAUUGAACUAGGUCUACUUAAGGGACCCAUCUAUAGGUAAAAGAAAAACAGAAGGGGAAGCCCUUUGUCUCAGGAAGGCCUCCUCAUGGCAGCUUGGGGACGUCAGCCCUGAUCCUUGCCCAUCACCGAAGCACCCUUUGAGGAGGCUCCACAAGAACUCCUUCAGCCUCCCAUCCCUACGAGGGACUAGCAGUAGCAAGGUGUCCUGUUUUGCUGUCCACUACUCAGCCAAUCAGGGUGAAGAACCAAGUUAGUGAAUCCCCCUAAACUCCAGCAUGAAGGAGUAGUAAUAGUAGGACAGACCUUUACUGAGGCCCCCAGGGAACAGAGCUGUGUCUUAAUAGACAAUCAGCUGAGAAACUAGGAAGGAUCAGCUUUACUUUGUUUUAUAGGAAAUCCAGGGACUUUUCAAGUUGCUGAGAAUUUUGUUGUGUCUGUUUGUUUUUAAAUUUAGCUCUUCACUGCCAAAGGCCAAAGCUCAAAUUGUUCAGAGACAAUUAGUAAUUAGUUUGCUAAUCUCACUGACUCUGAUUCCCCUGUGCUACUGGCAAGAAAGGUCCCAAAUGUGUAGUACGGUUUUAAGGUGCCAAGGGUGUAGCCUGGGUGACUGGCUGUUUUUCCCAAGAAUCUCUCACCAUUUCUCUAUUGAGCCAGGCCAUUUCCUCUUCUCUUUAUUUCUAGUAUGACUGUUGCAGUUUUCCUGCAGUCUCUGGUGGCAACUCAGGGAACCACAAAGCCAUGCCUAUUCCUCUGUAUAGGGUUGUUGAGGUAGCUCAGAUGACAUAUGUGGCUUAGCUACUAUAGAGAAAGCUCCUGAGGACUAGAUCUUGUGAGGUUUGUGUCUGAUUUUCUGAGGAAGACUCCUGCAUGGAAUUUUGAAUUUUGGCCUUGGUCUCUGUUGUCCUGGGUCAUAUCUGGGUUUCCAGGUAUAAAUUCACUGGGACCAAGUAGGAAGAUGGGGCCAAACUGCAUAAGAGAAUCUAUGUCCCAUCCUAGCUGCCUGAUUGCUUCUUCAAAGACUUUGCCCAUUUGAUAUCCUAGGGGAAAGAAAAAGGCAGCAAUUCAAGUAGGGCCCCCCAGGGAGUUUCCCAAGAGUUACAGAGAUGCUUGGUUAACAAGGAUCCAAAAGCACUGUCCUCAUCCUCUGGCAUUUGGAGGCUGGGCAGGAUGGAAAACAGUGCCAGUUUGGAGGAAAAUAAAGGAAAUCUUGUUAGGGCUAGAAAGAGGUCUGUUUACUUCCUUCCGGUUGCAUUUGGUUCUUCCCACUUAGUGGGUUAGUUUACUGGUCAUUGCUGAUUCUGGGUCACAUUUCACCAGCAGGGUUUUAGACACGCAGCAAAUAUGCCUCUGUAGAUUGUAGAUUGACCAAAGACUGCAACCCCAAGGCCUCUAAUCAGGGAGAGAUGAUAACUGGCAAGGACUAGAGUAAAAAGUAUGCCUCAUUAAGAGGAAUGAUGUUAUGGUGUUCUGUCUACAGGGAACCUUGAGAAGCCAUGGACUGAUUCAGAAAUUCCUUCAUUUUGUUUAGCCAAAUGGUGUUACUGUACCCUUUUAGAGCUGUGUCAGAAUCCAAUACUUUGCCCUAGCCUGUUCUUGCCACUAGGACAUCUAUGUUAAAGGUCCAUACAACCAUGCAUCUGUAAAGGUCACUUCCCAAAUCCUUUCUGGGUUCUAGAUGGUGUUUAAUAAUUUAGAUUCUGGGGUUGAGAAGAAGUAAGAGGAGUACCAGGAGCUCAGCAUGACUUUAAACAAGUUGAGCCACAGAGAGAUUGUGAACUCUUUAAUUCAUUGGCCAACUAUAGUUUCCCUAAUCUGCAUCACAGGCCAGAAAUCGUGAAUCUGAUGACUGGACAAAAGCAUGCUGUCAGGUGAGUAGGGAGACAAAGCUGCAAUGCUUAUGAAGGAGGUACAGAAAAUUCUUUGCAUCAUAAAACAGAAUACGGGUUUACUCUAGACACAAGAUUAUUAUCCCCCUCUUGAUGAAGAAAGCUAGCAGAAAGUUUAAGCCAUUUCUUAAGCAUUAUCCUUUUAACAAUAUACAGGAGAGACUUUAAAAACCAAGUUCAAACAGAUACAUAUAUACACAUGUUUUGAUAAUGUAAAUAACAACAGCCACAUGUUAAUCCCCACUGCAAUGCUUUAAGUGACUAUACUUUGAAAACAGUGAAAAACAUUUGUUAGCUAAGAGAGAUGUCUAAACUUUGUUUUUUUGAACAGGAAUGUACAUGUCUUACUAGAAACGACAGGCUUUUUUUUAAAUGAAAAAUUUAGCAAGACAGGCUCAUGAGAAAGUAUUUGUCUUAUAGAUCAGGCUUUUUUUAAUUUCUAAAUAUGACCCUCACACCCCCCCCCCCAGCAAAGACCCCACAAUGUAACAGUGAGGGAUGGAAUUAAUAUGCACUGGUUGGAAAGUGAUAAGUCAUAGAGAGAGGAUUUUAGACGUUGAGUCUAACCUUUUUCUAUAAAUUAAAAACGUGAAGCCCAGAAAGAUGCAGUGACUUGACCAAAAUCAUAGCAGCAGAAACAGGAUUAAAACCUGAGUCCGCAGACUCCCAGUUCAGUGCUGUGUGCCUCAGACAGAAUCAGUGAAUUAAGGACUGCUAUGCAUAGGCACUAGAAUGACACAAAGGAUAGACUUCCCUCCCCAAAUAUUAUCCUGCAGCAAGGCUAGGGAGGGCAUGAAGAAAAAAGUAGGGACCUCACUGAUAUUCUACACUUCCUCUAAGCCGAAGACUAAAUGGACAAUUCUUUCUCCUAAGAAACAGUUUAUGAAUGAGCUUUUACAUACGAAAUUUCCAAGCACGGCAAAGGAUCAAAGGGAACAAGAUGGGGGAAAAUAGAGGGGACGAGAGUAAAGUAGUGGCAUAGCUAUUAUCAUUGUCAUUAGCUGAUUCAGUCAGGUUUGGUGAAAACCCAACAGUGAGUGAAAGCAGGGGAUUGCUAUUUAUGUGGAUCUUUUUGUUUAACGAAUGUUAAACACAGUUUGCCCAGGAGACUGGGGGAACAUGUGUUUUAGUGGACAGGGGUCUGAAGUACACUGGAAUUUACUGAGAAACUCAUUUGUAAAGACUGUAGUUAAUUAUUGCAUUUUCUUACAAAAUAUAUUUUGGAAAAUUGUAUACUGUCAAUUAAAGUACUUUUGUGUAAUCUA